UGAAAAGAAAAUGAAGGAUCUCCUCUGCCUGUGUUUAUUCCUUGCUGGUCUUUGUGCAGUAACCCAUUGCCGCCAGGAAGACAUCUGCCAUGAAGUCAAUAAUACGAAUCUGCAUGAUGGAGCAGAACAUUUAUUAAAGCAUCAUUGUGACAAGCAAGGCUCUACCUAUGCAGAUUUUGCAUUUAGAUUUUACAAGCAGGCUAUCGCAAAAGAAGCUGACAAAAAUGUUUUCUUUUCUCCCCUGAGUAUUUCCACUGCCUUUGCCCUGCUGGCUCUUGGUGCUAAGUCAACCACUCUGUCUCAGAUUUUGGAAGGACUGGGCUUUGGCAGUGUUCCUGAGACUCAUGUAGAAGAUAUACAUGAAAGUUUUCAUAAAGUUCUAGCAGUACUGAAUUGUACUGAUGCUCAUAUCACAUUAAAUAUAGGAAAUGCCCUUUUUACAGCUAUUGGGUAUGAACCACAGGAGGCAUUUUUAAAAAAUACCAAACAAUUCUAUGAUGCAGACUUUUUUUCUAUCAAUUUCCAUAAGGAAAAUGAAGCUGAGGCACAGAUCAAUAAUUAUGUAAAGGAGAAAACCAAGGAGAAAAUUCCUAAAUUAAUUGAUCGUCUUGGUAGAAAUACUAUAAUGGUUAUUGUUAACUACAUUUAUUUUAAAGCUGCCUGGGAAAAACCUUUUGAUCCUGAGUUUACCUUUGAGGAUACUUUCUUUGUGACCACAAAUGCAUCUGUUAAUGUCAGCAUGAUGCGACGUGAAGAUGACUAUAACACUUACUAUGACCAGGAUCUCUCUUGCACGGUGGUAGAGCUGCCAUACCAGGGCACUGCGCGAGCAUUGCUCAUUCUGCCUGAUGAUGGAAAGAUGGAACAAGUGGAAGAUGCUCUCUCAAAAGAAACUAUUUGUAAAUGGGAUAACAAACUUGAAACCAGAAGAGUAAAUCUGCACUUACCAAAGACUUCUAUCAGUGGGUCUUAUGACGUUGCAAAACUGUUCAAGGAAAUGGGCAUUACUGAUGUAUUCUCUAGUAAUGCUGAUCUGUCUGGAAUUACUGGCAGCCGUGAUCUCCAGGUUUCACAAGCAAUUCAUAAGGCCCUGCUGGAAGUAGAUGAGGCUGGAACUGAGGCUGCAGGAGCCACAGCCAUAAUUGUUACAAAAGUUCUUCUUCCGUCUGUUACCAUCAAGCUCAACAGGCCCUUCCUUAUUGUUAUUUCUGAUAAAGCAACCAGCACCACACUUUUCUUGGGAAAAGUUGUCGAUCCUACUAAGAAGUAAUUGCUGG